GGCUGGCUGCGCGUAGCCCCACUCCCGCACGCUCCCACGCAUACGCACACAUGCACAGAGCCCAUCAGUGCAGACGGUGCACAGCCCCGUAAUUGUGCUGCUUUGUCCAAGCGGAAGGGACGACUGACAGAGAGGAACACCAGAGGAAGAAGAGGAGGAGUGAUACAAAAACUUUGAUUUUCUUUGCAUUCUCUUUAUUUUUCCCCUCCUCCCCCUGGAGGAGGUUCCCCUGACAAUGACCUGGUACCGCCGAUGGAGUUGGUAGGACAUCCGUUAUCCGAGUGUUUUUUAAUGCACUCUGAACAAGAAAUGAACUUAUCGAAGGGGCCAUUAGUGAACAGCAGCAGUGAAGAUAACAUCAAAUCCACCUAUGGUAAAUGCGGCGCUGGCACCUGGAGGAUGCACCAGAGCUACGAUCCACUGGAGGCCAACCACAUGAGAGACGCACAUGCCCUCUACAACCCCAGGCUUCUCUGCAGAAUGUCCAGUAAGGAGCGCCACCUAGAGUCCAACUGUCCGUCUUCUUAUAUAAAGACUGAGCCGUCAAGUCCUGCCUCCCUGACUGACAGUCUCAACCAUCACUCCCCUGGUGGCUCCAGUGACGCUUCAGGCUCCUAUUCAUCCACAAUGAACGGCCACCCCAACGGCUUAGACUCCCCGAGUCUUUACAGCUCCAAUGCUGGACCUCUGGGUCCUGCUGGUGGUCCUGGAUCAAAGCGUUAUGAAGACUGUUCAUCAACUAUCGGGGAAGAUUCACAAAUUAAGUGUGAAUACAUGUUAAAUUCGAUGCCCAAGAGGUUGUGUCUGGUUUGCGGGGACAUUGCAUCAGGGUACCACUAUGGAGUGGCAUCCUGCGAAGCCUGCAAGGCCUUCUUCAAACGUACCAUUCAAGGCAACAUAGAGUACAGCUGUCCAGCCACCAAUGAGUGUGAGAUCACCAAGAGGAGACGCAAAUCGUGCCAGGCCUGCCGCUUCAUGAAGUGUCUGACUGUGGGCAUGCUGAGGGAGGGUAAGGGAAAAGGGGUCCGUCUGGACAGGGUUCGUGGUGGCAGGCAGAAGUAUAAACGCCGGAUAGAUGCAGACAACAGUCCAUACCUGAACCCCCAGCUGGCAAUGCCCCCAAAGAAGCCAUUUGCCUUUGGCUGCCUUGCAGAUAACAAAAUUGUCUCUCACCUCCUGGUGGCUGAGCCUGAGAAGAUUUACGCCAUGCCUGAUCCAACAGUACCAGACAGCGACAUCAAAGCCCUGACUACGCUGUGUGACCUGGCAGACAGAGAGCUAGUGGUCAACAUCGGCUGGGCCAAACAUAUCCCAGGUUUCUCGACACUGUCUUUGGCAGACCAGAUGAGUUUACUGCAAAGUGCAUGGAUGGAGAUCCUGAUCCUGCGUGUGGUGUAUCGCUCACUGUCCUUUGAAGACAAGCUAGUGUAUGCUGAGGACUACAUAAUGGAUGAGGACCAGUCUAAACUUGCUGGACUUCUGGACCUGAAUAAUGCCAUCCUUCAGCUGGUCAAGAAAUACAAGUCUAUGAAACUAGAGAAGGAGGAAUUUGUCACUCUCAAAGCCAUCGCUUUGGCUAACUCAGACUCCAUGCAUAUUGAAGACAUGGACGGAGUGCAGAAGCUCCAGGAUGUCCUCCAUGAGGCCCUGCAGGACUACGAGGCGUCCCAGCACCAGGAGGAUCCGCGACGGGCAGGAAAACUGCUCAUGACCCUGCCUCUGCUCCGCCAGACCUCCACCAAGGCUGUUCAACAUUUCUACAGCAUCAAGCAGGACGGCAAAGUCCCAAUGCACAAACUCUUCCUGGAGCUCCUGGAAGCCAAGGUCUGAGGACAGCAAGACACCCAGCUGAACCACCUCAGCUUCCAAACAAACACAGAAGAACAACUUUGAAUGACCUCACACAUCAACAUUCACACACAGACAAAUAUGGUACCGGCUGCAGCCACAUUAUCGUGUGAAUAAAAACCUCAUUACCUAAUCAACUAAACCCCAACACCUCAACUGUUUUUGACAAAAGGGCACUCACCUGACCUUUUGUUUGGGGGAGAUGUUGACAGACUGAAGUGAGCCCCUAUGUACAAAGAGAAGGAGACAUUUCCUCUUCAAACUGUUAAUAGUUACCGUGGUGAUGCCGAACACUGAAAAAAUGAAAGAAAACGUAUCCAUCAGUAAGGAUUAAAAUGUGAUUAAUGACAAACAUGUCAAAGAGGACACACUGAAAUUCAACUGACCGCUCUGUUUUAGUUCUUAGGAACUGUACAGCUCCACACGUCUCCUUUUCCCACUACAUUUACCCCCAAAAAUUUUUAAUGCAGAAAACAAGCAGAACAUACAAACACUGAAGAAGUAUUUACGACGUGUUGUCAGAUUUUGUGUACAAUGAAAUUUGGAUGGAUGAACUGAAAGAAAAGAAGAAGAGAUCAGCUCUGCCAAAGAAUGGAACUCAUCCAUUCCUAGGAUGCCAGCAAACUUUACUGUCAAACCCCAAACUAGUUUGUGGUUUUAAUAUUGGGACUCAGGACCACGUGCGCAGCGGGUUUUCUGUUCCACCUAAAUAGAACUUGCACCCUUUUUGUUUCUUUGUUUGUUUGUUUUUUUUUUGUUUUGUUUUUUUUGUGUUCAAAUGAAAACCAGCAGCGCUCAGAGUCGUGAGAACCAGAAUUGAAAUCCACUGCUGUAAACACUUCCUGGUGGUCCUCCACUUCCUUGUAUCCCAGCUGCCCCGCUACAAGUACAACUUAUUGUAUUUGUCGAGGACCGAUGACCCCUGGCCUCCCAAACGUGUCAGUAUUAUGCUCGUGUUUGCACUCUUGACCUGGCUGAAAGUGGUUUCCGAUAUUCAUAUCACUUGAGGUGUGAUUGAUCGUGUAGGAUUGAUGUCUAUUGGCUUACUGUUGGAAGUCAGUUGUCAAAGAUGGGUUCAGUUAACAUUUAAAUUCUGCCACACACUCCUCUUGUGUUUGUAUGUCUGUUUGAAACCUUUUCAGCAGGUUCGCUCACCAGGCUUCAGUUGAGAUUUCAGUCAAUGUUAAGUGUCGUCCAGCCCACGUAAACACAUCACCUUUGCAGUGGCACAACUUCAUUCUCCAAACUGCUUAGCGUCACUUCACUACUACUCUCCUUGCUCUGUGACCUCCAGAUCUCUUGUGUGAGUACAGAUGCUUAUUUUGUGAUUCAGUCAGGGGGCGAUGGGGGAGUUUCAGUCACUCAGUACCAUACAAACAAGGAGGAAAAGUGUGCUGGAGAAUAACUGCUGUUGCUAUGAAACUCCUUCUUUUCUUUAUUUCUAUCUUAAUCUUAGUGAUGAUACCAAUAAUAGGGUUGUAAAUAAUUGCCAUCCUGUAUAUGACAUGUAACACGGCUUCGUUUUUGUUAUUAAUAUUGUCUUCUUAAAACUGAAUUGAUCAGUAUGUCUUUCCUUUUUGUAUCAGCUUGACCACUUUCAGCAAUUAUCAUACGCAUAUAUAUAGAUAUAUAAUAUAAUAAGUAAUGUAUUAACAAAUCAGCGUUUAUCUUAGAAACUCUGAGCAAUAGUGGCUUUUAAAGGAGGGAAACGUGCAUAUGGACUAAGUCUGCAAUAUUAAUAAUACUACGUGCCAGUCUUAAAUUUGGGAUGAGGAUUUGAGGAGACUUGUGUCUUCUCUUUCUUUCUGUGUAACUUGACAUACGCUAUUAGAUAACAAUAAUUACAAGUUGUUUGUUAGAAACAGUUAAUCAGGAAGAGAUAUGGACCAGAAAUGUCAGGAUGCUGCAGUCACAUUAUGGAGUGAAGGUGUCCAGAAGAAUGGGUCACAACACAGCAUCAGUUAUCACAUGGUUCUGAUGUUUGCACUUUUACUGGGACCAAGUUCUAUCAGUCCUAACGAGAGCAGAGCAGAGAUUUCAAACCAGCAGUCUUCUCUUGUUGAAGCUAAUGCACAUUUUUAAAUCCAUCUCCUAAAGGUUUAUGUUCCAUCAGGUUGUGCACCCAUCAGACAGACUUGACAAACUGUAGAGCCGCUCUAAAGACAAAACUUCAGCCGAUUCAGACAACAUGGAAGUGACUACUUUGUUAGCUCACUUUCUUCUUCUUCUUAGGCACUUUAUUUUCAAACUCCAGAGGCAUGUUUUUGCUGUCAGAACGGUAUUACAAUUACUCAACGCUGUUUGAAGUAGUCAAAAUUCACAAGCUGUUUAAUUGUGUGAGUUGUUAUUUAGCCUUCCGCUAUCACAGAAUUUAAAUUAUAUUAGAAUUAUUUCGUAUUGCUGUUUUUCUAAAGGUCAGGAUUAAAAAAUUACUUUUAAUUUCAAAAUUAAGUGUCUACAAGUAGGAAAUUAAAAGUCAGGCCCAUGGUAACUUAACGUAAGCGAUUUAAUGAAUGCAAUUAGAUAACUGAUCACAGCUUUAACAGUUGACGACCAUCUGGAGGUUUUUUAAUAAAAUGUCAUUCUUUAUGUAAUUUUUAAGAUGCGUAAGAAUGCCAAAAUCUGUAAAUGAUUAUGUAAUCUAAUAUUAAAUGGCAACGAGUCACAGCUGAGGAGUGCAGCAGUUAAGUAUAGUUGAUCUCAUCGCACAUUAGUUUCUCAGCCUUUUUAAACGAUGUAUAUUGUAAAUUAUACCGAUUAUAAAUCUAACAUAAGACAUUUUAUUGGAAACAAAAUCAAAAGGGACAAAAAAGCAAAACAUAGUUCGACCGCAAUGUAUGGUUCAUGUCUGGCGUCUUUUUCAAUUAAGGAAAAAUGAAGAAAGCCUGUUGAUUUUGUUUCAUGUCUCAUUUUAAAGUCCUUUCUCUUUGCUCUUUUUCUCCUCUGUUGAUACCUCUAAGGCUUUAUGGUGUACUUUUUCUUGUGGUGAUUCCUGUUCUUGUGCCGUGUGCUGCUUCUUCAUGUCGUCUGUUGGGUCAGUCCGCUGGGGGUCUGGGUGGCCGCUUCUCUCACCAUGUACUGAACCGGAUAUAAGGCUCUUAUAGAAACUUCCUAGACCACAAGGAUCCAAUUACAGUAUUCAUUGUUACUAAACUAUACAUAAACAAUGAAAUAUUUAGUAUCUAAAUGAGCAAAUGCCAUACAAGUAUUUAAAAAGGGAUCAUUUCUGUAACGCUCUUGUGGAAUAACCAAUAUACUGUAUAUCUUUAGGUUUAAAUGACGAUGAAAUGACAUUGAUAUUUGAAUAAGUCAGAACUGUAGGUGAGUAUUUUUUUGUUUGUUUGUUUGUUUUACUUUUUUGUAAAUGCUGUACAUAACUGCCUUCCAUACAGCUCGGCUCAGUCAUUAGCUGUACUAUUUCUCCUGGUAAAAAUGGAAAAUCUUUUUUUAAAAAAAGUAUUUUCAUUCUUGCUUCCCAUUUUGAGCUAAUUUCCACGAUUUUUUGUUUGUUUGUUUUUACUUUAGUAGAAAAAAGGGAAGUGACUUAAAGGCCCAGUUGCAGGUGUAAAGACCUCUGUGCGCUGAUGGGAUUGUGAAGGGUUUGUAUAACAUGGUGAAAUCCCAUUUUUCUUAUUGUGUUGGGGGGGCUGUUGAUUCAUUAGUGACAAAAACUUGAAAUCCACCAUUAAAAUAUUCAAUUUGUUAAUGAACAUUAUUUUAACAACAGAAUACGUCAGUGACUCAGUGCUGCAAAAGGCAUGAAGUUGAAAACAAAGCCUAUCUAAGGCACACCAAUGGUUUAAACAACACUUUAACGUAAACUUGAAUUCAAAAAUGGUUUGCAUCAAAAUUAUGAGAAAAACGGUGCUGUUUUCUGACUGUACUUCUAUUUUCCCGUUUGUUGUUUAUUUAUCAGUUGUCAAACCAACUCUGUGUACAUCUGGACAACACUCCCUUUUUGUGAUUUAAGGUGUGUAGAAUUUGGAUAUUUGACCUUUUUUUUUAAGAAACAGAUUUGUAUCAGAAAUUUGGAUUUGCUGACAUGCACAACCAAGUAAAUGUAAUUAUGAUAAUAUAUUUAUUACUUCAUUCUAACUUUGGAGAACAUAGCUCAAUUUAUGAUAUAUUUUGGGGAGGGGGGGUGUUUGUUUUGUUUGUUUGUUUUUUGUUUUUUUGUUUUUUUGCAAAUUGCAAGGUGUAAUACAUAAUAAAAACUGUAUUAAUGUGAUAUUUUAAAUUUGAAACAAGACAAAGGAAAUAUACUUGUAUAAAUUCUACUAGCUAAAAUCAGGAGUAAAGUAUUGUGUUUGUGUCAGAAGCUUGAUGGCUAGAAUGAGCUGUUUAUAGCCAAACUGCUAUUUACUGUCCACCAAGAGGAAGGAAGUGCUUUCCAUUGAACACUUUUAAUUUUGAGAUUAAAAGCAAUAUUUUAUUGCAUAUGCAAUGACAAAGCAAAGGUUGCACUUUUUUGUUGGGUCAUAGAUAAAAAUGUUAAUGUAUUAUUUAUUUAAUUUGUUCUGCAGUUAAAACCUGAAAAGGAGGCCAAUGUUAUGACAAACUCAAAGUUCUAUAUGGAACAAUGAGAGUACUUGUGGGGUUUUUUUGUUUUGUUUGUUUUUUGUUGUUGUUGUUGUUUUUUGUUUGUUUUUGUUUUUUGUUGUUUUUGUAAAUCAGUAAUUGCAGUUUGGCACCAUCUUAUUUCCCUUACUCACACCAGUUAACCAUUACCUGCAAAAACUGUAAGAACAACUGAAACAGAGCCACAGCGACGGAGCUGGAUUUUGUGUCUACCCUUUUGUGUCCCUGAAAGCAGAUGACACCAAACCGCAUCUAUCUGCAGCUCUAAAGUGUUUUGUCAUCGAAUUGUAUUCAAUCCUCAAAUAUAACCGUAACAUGUGCUGCACCUCCCUGCAGUCUGAAAUUGAAGAGAAGAAGGUGAUAAAGGGACAGAAAAUGUUGAGGCAUUUGGAUGAUGACAAUGUAAGAAAAAGACCCAUAUGCGGCAGACAAGAGUUAUGGCUGAGACAAAACCCUGUGGUGUUACUACAAACAUGUCCGUAGAUUUUAGAUGUGCUUCACAUCAGUAAAAUAAAAUAAAAUAAACAAUUACCUGUAUAUUUUUGUGAUGUGUAUCAUACAAGUGUGCUUCAGCGAUAAUGUCCAUUUGUGUAAAUGUAUUUAUUUCACAUUGUAUAUAUUGUUCAAUGCAAAAAGAGAGACCUAUGAUUCUGUAACUUAAACUGUUAUGGGUUGAAACAUUACGUGUUACUCCAGACUAUGCCUUUCAGGAUUAUUACAGUAGAGCAAUAUCAAUUAAAACCAGGCUUCCAGUUUUGA